UCACACUCUCUCCGUUUCUCCUCCUACUGAAAUUCUUCAUUUUCCUCCUUCCAACCUUCAAAACUGAGAUAAUGCCCGAUUUUAUUCAAGAAGAUCAUGGUACAGCAAUUGACAAACGUAAGAAUAGAAUAAGAUGCAAGUAUUGCACCAAAGUGGUGACUAGUUUCAACCGUCUUAUGCACCACUUGGGAGGUGUGCGUGGAGAUGUAGUACCUUGCGAACAAGUUCCCACCAAUGUGAAAGUGCUAGCAAGAGAUACACUGCUCAAGAGGAGGAAACAGAGGUUGGUUAGGGAAUUUGGGCAGCUAGACUGCCCAAAUGAUACACUGAGAAGGAACUCAUGUUCUGGAUCCACAGAAAGCAAGUCCACAAAGCCAGACACUUUAGGGAAGGGAAAGAAAGCUGUAUACUCCGUGCCUAAGGAUGGUGCAGCAAAAGAUUCCAUUAAUAAUAAGUUGGAAGAUUCUUCGAGGAAUGCUCUCAGAUGCAUCGCUAGGUUCUUUUAUGAUGUGGGUGUUGAUUUUGAUGCUGCCAAGUCUCCAUAUUUGCAGCAGAUGCUUGACGCGGCUGCUGGUUGUGGAGGUAUGUCUGAAGUUCCGAGUUAUCAUGAGCUGAGAGGUUGGAUUCUGCAGGAGGAAGUGGAAGAGACACGAGAGCAUGUGAAAGCGGUCAAGCGUUCAUGGGAAAGAACCGGGUGCAGCAUCUUGUUAGAUGGUUGGACUGAUGAGAAGGGAAGAAGCCUGAUUAAUUUUCUAGCAGAUUGCCCGAAAGGUGUUGUAUUUCUCAGAUCCGUCGAUGCUUCAGAUUCGAUAGGAGAUGUUGAGGCAUUGUUCUCGCUGUUCAAUGGAGUUAUUGAAGAGGUUGGGGUUGAAAAUGUAGUCCAGGUCAUCACGUAUAAUGCAUCUUGCUGUAUGGUAGCUGUGGGCAAAAGGAUAAUGGAGAAGCACAGGACUAUAUUUUGGACCGUAUGUGCGGUCCACUGCCUAGGUCUCAUGUUGGAGGAGAUUGGGAUGAUGGGUCAUGUGAUGAAAGUGCUGAAUAAGGCAAAGACCAUCACAAGGUUCAUUUACAGCCGUUCGUCGGUUCUGAAAUUGAUGAAGAAGCACACUUGUGGAAGAGAUAUAGUUCAACGCUCCAAAACAAACUCCGCAAUGCCAUUUCUUACAUUGGAAAGCAUCGUAGCUGAAAAAGAGAGCUUGAAGAACAUGUUCAGCUCGUCUACAUGGAAUACCUCAAUUUGGGCUUCUAGAACUGAAGGAAGGAGGAUAGCUGAGUUAAUUCAAGAUCUGUCCUUUUGGACUGGAGCCGAGGAAGCUUUGAAUGCAACCGUUCCGCUCCUUUGUGUUUUGCGUCUGAUCGAUCGAGCUGAAAAGCCUUUGGUGGGAUACAUAUAUGAGACAAUGGAUCAGGCAAAGGAGAGGAUAAGAAAGAACUUCAAAGAUAAGAAAGGUAAGUACCUUCCAUUCUGGAAGAUUAUAGAUGCGAUAUGGGACAACCAUCUCCAUAGCCCUCUCCAUUCGGCAGGUUACUUUUUGAACCCGAGUCUCUUUUAUUCAAGCGAGUUUUGUGCUGAUGCUGAGGUUGCUAGUGGACUUUUGUGCUGCAUUGUGCGUAUGGUCAAGGAUCAGCACGUCCAUGAUCUUAUAGUUCUACAACUUGAAGUUUAUCGAGCAGCAAUGGGUGAUUUUUCUAAGGAGACUGCAAUCAACAAUAGAAGAAAGACUACUCCAGAUACAUGGUGGUCACUCCACGGAGGGCACUGCCCUGAAUUACAAAGGUUAGCCAUUCGAAUUCUAAGCCAGACGGGUAGUAGGGCCUUGAAAUGUGAUCUGAAGAGGAGUUUAACAGAGCAGUUGCACAAAAAGGGAAGAAAUGGUAUAGAGCAACGCAGGUUGGUUGAUCUAGAAUUUGUUCAUUACAAUCUCCGACUUCGCCAUCCUCCGUUGGUUUCAAAUAAGAAAGAUAAUUUUGUUCUAGAAGGGAUUGAUGCAAUGGACGACUGGGUUUUAGAGGCACAAGAGCAAGCGUUUGGAAUUGAUGACUCGAAUUGGAUGGAUGUUGUUGGUGAUGAUGUAAACAUUGAGGAAAAGGCUGUCAAGAAAGGGUCGAGUAUUCAAGUGAAGGAAGAAUUGCAGUGAGAUGGCAAAGAUUAGGCAGUAUUCUUUUUUCUUGUACAUUGUCAUUUUUGAAGUUCGGCUUAUCAUGAUUAAAGAAUGCAAACUAAUCAGGGAUUUUGCAAUGACAGUAAUGGAUGUGGUGAAAGCCUUUGUCGAAUGCAAUUUCGGUGAGUCAUAGAACCUCAAAUGCCUUGUCCUCUAUGUUUUUUUGGAUCAAACGUCAAGAUUGAAAAUCCAAUUCUUAUUACUUUUUCACAGUUUC